UCCCGGUUGCAGGGUCCAUGCAGGUGAUGAACAAGACCCGGCGCAUCAUGGAGCAGGGCGGCGCGCACUUCAUCAACGCCUUCGUGACCACGCCCAUGUGCUGUCCCUCGCGCUCCUCCAUCCUCACCGGCAAGUACGUCCACAACCACAACACCUACACCAACAACGAGAACUGCUCCUCGCCCUCCUGGCAGGCGCAGCACGAGAGCCGCACCUUCGCCGUGUACCUCAACAGCACCGGCUACCGCACAGCUUUCUUCGGGAAGUAUCUUAAUGAAUACAACGGCUCCUACGUGCCGCCUGGCUGGAAGGAGUGGGUUGGACUCCUUAAAAACUCCCGCUUUUACAACUACACCCUCUGUCGGAACGGCGUGAAGGAGAAGCACGGCUCCAACUACGCCAAGGAUUACCUCACCGACCUCAUCACCAACGACAGCGUGAGCUUCUUCCGCACGUCCAAGAAGAUAUACCCGCACCGGCCGGUCCUCCUGGUCAUCAGCCAUGCGGCCCCCCACGGCCCCGAGGACUCGGCCCCCCAGUACUCAGGCCUCUUCCCCAACGCGUCCCAGCACAUCACGCCCAGCUACAACUACGCGCCCAACCCGGACAAGCACUGGAUCAUGCGCUACACGGGGCCCAUGAAGCCCAUCCACAUGCAGUUCACCAACAUGCUGCAGCGAAAGCGCCUGCAGACCCUCCUGUCCGUGGACGACUCUAUGGAGACGAUCUAUAACAUGCUGGUUGAGACGGGCGAGCUGGACAACACGUACAUCGUCUACACUGCUGACCAUGGCUACCACAUCGGCCAGUUUGGCCUGGUGAAGGGGAAGUCCAUGCCCUAUGAGUUUGACAUCAGGGUCCCGUUCUACGUGAGGGGCCCGAACGUGGAGGCCGGCUCUCUGAACCCUCACAUCGUCCUCAACAUCGACCUGGCCCCCACCAUCCUGGACAUCGCGGGCCUGGACAUCCCCGCAGAUAUGGAUGGGAAGUCCAUCCUCAAGCUGCUGGACACAGAGCGGCCGGUGAACCGGUUUCACUUGAAAAAGAAGAUGAGAGUCUGGCGGGACUCCUUCCUGGUAGAGAGAGGCAAACUGCUCCACAAGAGAGACAGCGACAAGGUGGAUGCCCAGGAGGAGAACUUCCUGCCCAAGUACCAGCGCGUGAAAGACCUGUGUCAGCGCGCCGAGUACCAGACGGCCUGCGAGCAGCUGGGGCAGAAGUGGCAGUGCGUGGAGGACGCCGUGGGGAGGCUGAAGCUGCACAAGUGCAAGGGCCCCGUGCAGCUGGGCGCCAGGGCCCUCUCCAACCUCGUGCCCAAGUACCACGGCCAGGGCGGCGAGGCCUGCCCCUGCGACUACAAGCUCAGCCUGGCCGGACGCCGGAAGAAGUUCUUCAAGAAGAAGUACAAGGCCAGCUAUGCCCGCAAUCGCUCCAUCCGCUCGGUGGCCAUCGAGGUGGACGGCGAACUGUACCACAUAGGCCUGGAGGACGCAUCCCAGCACCGAAACCUCACCAAGCGGCACUGGCCUGGGACCCCCGAGGACCAGGACGACAAGGAGGGUGGGGACUUCAGUGGCACCGGAGGCCUUCCAGACUACUCAGCACCCAGCCCCAUUAAAGUGACACAUCGGUGCUACAUCCUAGAGAAUGACACUGUCCAGUGCGACCUGGACCUGUACAAGUCCCUGCAGGCCUGGAAAGACCACAAAUUGCACAUCGACCACGAGAUCGAAACCCUACAGAACAAAAUCAAGAACCUGAGGGAAGUCCGAGGUCACCUGAAGAAAAAGCGGCCAGAAGAAUGUGACUGUCACAAAAUCAGUUAUCACCCCCAGCACAAAGGCCGCCUCAAGCACAAGGGCUCCGGUCUGCACCCUUUCAGGAAGGGGCUGCGAGAGAAGGACAAGGUGUGGCUGCUGCGGGAGCAGAAGCGCAAGAAGAAGCUGCGCAAGUUGCUCAAGCGGCUGCAGAACAACGACACGUGCAGCAUGCCUGGCCUCACGUGCUUCACGCAUGACAACCAGCACUGGCAGACGGCGCCGCUCUGGACGCUGGGGCCCUUCUGUGCCUGCACCAGUGCCAACAACAACACCUACUGGUGCCUGCGGACCGUCAACGAGACCCACAACUUCCUCUUCUGCGAAUUCGCCACUGGCUUCCUGGAGUACUUUGAUCUCAACACAGACCCCUACCAGCUGAUGAAUGCAGUUAACACACUGGACAGAGAUGUCCUCAACCAGCUGCACGUGCAGCUCAUGGAGCUGAGGAGCUGCAAGGGUCACAAGCAGUGCAACCCCCGGACUCGAAACAUGGACCUGGGACUUAAAGAUGGAGGAAGCUAUGAGCAAUACAGGCAGUUCCAGCGUCGAAAGUGGCCAGAAAUGAAGAGACCUUCUUCCAAAUCACUGGGACAACUGUGGGAAGGCUGGGAAGGUUAAGAAGCAACAGAGAUGAACCCCCCAUCACCUGACUGUACAGGCAAUGAAAUCGUGUGCUGUAGGCCAGGAGGCCUGUGAGAGCAAGAACUUGCUUUGCCAACACGGCAAAUUCUGGAGGAUGAACAUCAGGAGCAGAGAGAACUUCAAGAAGUCUAUUUUUGUCCCUGCUUUUGCUUUGGAUUAUACCUCACCAGCUGCACAAAAUGCAUUUUUUCCAUAUCAAAAAAAGUCACCACUAACCCUCCCUGAGAGGCUCACAAAGGCAAAAGAACAUAGAGAGUUUCUCCAAAAUUUUCCCCGAAAGGUGAAAGUCACUGGAAUUUUUUUUAAUUGUAGGGGGGAAACAGCCCUGUUUUAGAUCCUCGUACUCUUAUUCUUUUGGUUUGUCACAAAUAAGGAAUAAAAAGCAAGACACAACGUGCAGAGGCUGAAAACAGUGCAGAGAGUUUGACAAUGAGUCAGUAGCACAAAAGCAAUGACAUCUACCUAGCACUGUAACCCUGGUUGCCUCAGAAGCAGCUGCCUUCACUGUACAUAUGUGACUAUUUACAUGUAACCAACAUGGGAACUUUUAGGGGAAUCUAAUGAGAAAUCCCAAUUUUCAGGAGUGGUGGUGUCAAUAAAUGCUCUGUGGCCAGUGUCAAAGAAAACUCCUUGCAGUCGUGGACAUUCCUGUUCAUGCCCAGAUGCCAUUUCUCCCAGUACUUCUUUGUUAUCUGUCCCAGAACUAAUAUUUCUUAAGGUACUGAAAAGAAGUGAAAGUUGAUGUAUGCCCCACAUUUUGAUGGAAUUGUAUUUGUAAAGAAAUUUUGUAGUAUAAGUACUGCCAUACGAUGUUCAAAAUGCCAGCCAAUGACCAGCAGUUGGUAUGAAGAAACCUUGGACAUUUUGUAAAAGACCAUUCUUGGGAGUUUUUGGACGUGUUUAUUUUUGUUUUUAAGUAUUCAAGAUGCUAACCAGUCAAUACCUUUUUGGAAGGAGAUGGCUUGGGCUUCACAGGAUUUUUUUUUAAAGGGGAAUAGAUGGUUGUAGAUUAAUAACUAAAAUGUACCAUACUUCAAGAGACCCCACAGGGUAAAGAAUGAUUUCGACUUCUUUAAACAACACUUCAUGUAAACUUGAUUAAAAGUGAAUUCAUUCUCCAUACAAUAAGUCAAUUCCUGAGAAUUUAAAUAUUGCUCUCAGAAUGACAUUUUGAUAUUCAAAAGUUCAUAUAUUAGAGAGAGAAAAGAGGAAAGAAAAAAACCACCCUGCUCGUGAUUAAACAGUGUGCCUUGGAGUUGAAAACAACUCUUGCUCAUUUGCAGCAGGGGGAAAAUGUCAUCGAUGCUAGAGGUUUUGCUCUUGUGACUCCGACUUACGAACAAAAACGCAUGGCUUCUGCAAAUAAAAAGUGAGCUUGACAGGUC